AAAAUCUCUUUUGAGCAGCUAAACUUUAAACCUUAAACAUCACAGUUCUCUAUCAAGAAUUGUUCCAAGUUCCAAGUGUCGUUUGCAUUGACCUCCUAUCUAAACUGACAUCACUUAUUUACACUCCCACAAUAUAGAAUCUUUGUAGGUAAUAACGAUAAAUGCCUAACACUCGAAAGAAAUAAAAAGUGUGCAAGCAUCAACUAAAUACAUUCAUAUGCUAUGGUCCAGAACACACAUAAUAUUCAUGCUGCCAAAAUCAAAUACCACAGACAAGGCAAGUUAACACAAACCAGCAUGUAACAGAAAGAUAUAAGACAGAUACAUGUUUAACCUGAGCAAAACCAAUUUUCCUCUAGUCCUAAGCUAACCUUAAAUGCCUUGUCUAGAUGGUUGCAAGCAGAUUAAUCCAAUAGUCUACAUCCACGAAGUAUGUCACCAUUUAUUAGGAUCUUUUGUCUGCUUAUGAUUUCCAGCUCUUCUAUGUACUAUAUGUUCUGGUCAAUAAGGUAUCAUCCUUCAUUAGCAGCAGGACAUCAAUGUUAUCUUACAAGAAAAAGGGUCCCCAUUUUGAAUAAGGAUUCGAAUUUAAAAAAAAGUCAAAUAAAAGAAGCGAAGUACAAUAGAGAUAGCUUUGUACCAACUAUUCAUUUAUUCAGAGCAAACGAAAACCACACAAGGCCUAUGCACCAGUGAUAACAACAUUUCCAGCCCUUUUAACUCUCUAUUUCUUUCUUUGGGGAAGGAAGUAAGCACAUCACUGUAAUCAAGUACUUAUUCCACCAGGGAAGCAUAUAAGGACACAGUGGUCCAUCUCUCGUCUUUUCUUCCUCUUUUUAAACACUUCAACACACACAUUCAUUCUAAACCCCAAGCCCAUACAUCCACACUGCUUAGUCUAUAGACUCUAUACCAUAGUUUCACCACCACCUAGCUUUACCAGAAAUGGAGGGUCAGAGAUCACAACGCUGGGGUUACUUGAAAGACAAGGCUAUAGCCACCAGCCUUGCUGAAGAAGAAACGGAGAAUAGCAUGGAUGGAGAGGAGGAUGAUACUGGAGAUGAAGACAAAAGGAAGAGAGUGAUGGAGAGAGCUAGAGGUCCUAACACAGAACGUGUUCCCUUGCGGCUGUGCCUGGUCGAUAGGUGCACUGCUAACUUAAGUGAGGCCAAGCAGUAUUACCGCAGACACAAAGUCUGUGAGGUUCAUGCAAAGGCCUCUUCUGCAACUGUUGCUGGAGUCAAGCAACGUUUUUGUCAACAAUGCAGCAGGUUCCAUGAGCUAGCAGAGUUUGAUGAAACUAAAAGAAGUUGCAGGAGGCGCUUAGCUGGACACAAUGAGAGGAGGAGGAAGAUAUCCGGUGACAGUUACGGAGAAGGGUCAGGCCGGAGAGGGGUUAGCUUGACACAGACUCAAGAAAGAAACAGGAUAGACAUGAAACUUCCUAUGACUAACUCACCAUUCAAGCGACCACAGAUCAGAUAAAACAAUAUCAACUCACCCAACCGCUCUCUCUCUUCUGUCAUCUACUUAUGUUCUAUGUCUACGUUCUCUUGUUAUCCAAAUAAUGGCAUCUAACCAUGUGGUAUUAUCUCCUACACCUCUAUAUAACUACAAAACUCUAGUAACCUUUAUGUAAUCAUGUAAAGGAUGCCUAUCCACAAAUGUAUAAGACCUUAUCAUACUCUUGUAUUGUCUAAUUAUGUUUAGUAGUCGUCUUAUAUGCUUCAAUAAAUGAUUAUGAUGUGUU